UGUGCUGUUGGAAAAAUCGUAAAAAUAGUGACUUAAAACUGUCUAAAUUAUGUUUCGUACUCCCAAACGUGGUAAAUUAACGAAUAGUAGUGAUGAUCAUGUGAAUAUAACACCGCCGAAUAGAGUAUUGAAGCCUAAAAUAUUAAAUUCCUUGGACAAAGGACCGGUUAACGGUAGCUCUAGUCCAGGAACAGAAAAUUCAGUUCUUUCGCCUGGCGAAACUAGGAGAGGCCGUCCGAGGGCCGAAAUGUUAAAUACUCUUAUCCUAGAAGGAUCGACCUCUCCCAGCUCCAUAAAAUGUACUUAUUGUAACCGAGUUUUUCCACGCGAAAAGUCGCUCCAAGCACACUUACGAACCCACACUGGCGAAAGGCCCUACGAGUGCGAUUAUCCACGGUGCACGAGAAAAUUCGCCCAAUCGGGCCAGUUAAAGACACACCAAAGACUCCACACAGGCGAAAAACCCUUCAUAUGUUCCUCUCCCAACUGUGACAAACGCUUCACUCACGCCAACCGGCAUUGCCCCGAACACCCUGAUAAGCAAUUAAAACGGUUCACUUCGCCUGGAAGCAGCUUUGAGAAGAAAUUCGAUGAAGGUCACAACGCUGAGGUCAAGCAGUGGCUGAUGAAACUGGAAAAGCGCAAUAACAAGAGGCCAAGCAGCUUAGACGGCCUCGAGACAACGCCGAAAAAGUCGCGGAUCAAGCGCGAGGUCUCCUCGACUUACAGCCUCUCCAACGACGGGAUCGAAAACUCCCCGAAAUCCGAACUCGACGAUAACAUUUCCGUGAAUUCGGAGAACUUUGAGAACGGCCACGAGUUGAUCUCCCCGCCUCGGUCGUCGCUCCACAACUUCGAGCUCCCCAAAGGGCCGAAGAAGCGGUGGCUGCAGGCCGUCCAAGACCAGAAGAUGUUUGACUCCACUCAAGACCUGGCCAGGCCGCUCAAUUGGGGCGAAGACGGCCCAAGUUCGGACGGCGAUGAGGUCAAAAUUGAGCCGAUUGAGUUCGGGGCCAGCGAGCCCAAAGUCGUGGUCGAGAACCAAAAACGCCCCACCGUUCUGGUCUGCGUCCAGGGCGGCAAGAGCAAGCAGAUUACCAGUGAUGAUAUGCAAGGUGCUAUAGCUUUGGUCGAGUUGAAGAAUGGACAGAAAAGUUGUGUUAACUAUAAUUACAGACUCUAAACUUUACGUUAUGAUCUUCAAAUUAUAUUUGUAUGUGAUACGUUGUUCAAAUGUUCGUCUUUAUUGGUCACUUAUUACGCCGGCGCCGAUCUUUAAGGUCCCCGAUUUUUAUUUAUGGUUAGGCUCUGAAGUUAAGGAUACAGGUUGCAGCAAUUACACUUUAUUUUAUUUGUUAUGUAUGCUAUUGUGUUCAUGCCCAUUAUGUUUUAUCAUGUCGCACGUUAAUUUUUAAGUACGCACCUAUUACAGCACGCGAUUUUAAUUUAGUACAAUUGAGACAGGUUUGAUCAGUCAGUACAAAGACAAUAAUGGUUAUUUUAAUUUUAAUAAUCCAAAGAGUUUGUCUUAGUAUCGUUGUGUGCUAGUUUAGUGUCGAUCCUUAACUUGAAAGUAUCUUUGUUAUUUAUACCUAAUUUUAAAUUGCUUUAGGAAUCGUAUGUGAUGUGUUUUUAUCUAAACAGUUAUCUUUAUGUUGUAAGUAUUUAUUAAUGAUUUGGAUAAUAUAAUAACACUCCUUGUAAGAAAUAAAAAUUUAAUAAAAA